AGAGCCAAACCAUUUGCGCCUUUCCACUGGACUUUGAUAGAGAUAGAAACAGAGAGAGAGAGAGAGAGAGAAAAAAAAAGAGUACUACUAGGACUAGACUUGGGAAGUGAAAAAUAGCUGGGAAUUUAACCACCAAUCACUACCUGACCGGAAAAACCCAGUUAUUAUAUUUUAGUUUCUCAUAAUUUUUUUGUGGUUUUCCGACCAUGGGAGAAACCGGUAUUGGCCGGUUUCCGGGAAACCUAGACCCUAGGGCUCAAGAGUUUAGACCCGGAAACCCAAAUCAAUACCAGCACCUGCACCACCAAGCCCAACUCUGCCUCUUUCCACAACCACCACAACCACUGUACUACCCUUACACGACGCCGUUUUCAGCGACUGAACUACAAGUGGUGCCGUUUUGCGAAGCGGGUGUAGGAUACGUCCAUGCGCCGCAGCAGCAGCACCACCACCCCGCGUACGUUAGCAGCCACGUGGUACAGGUGGCGCCAGUUCUGCCACCGUCGGCGGCGGCGACGCGGACGCUGGUCCUGAGCUCGGUCCCGAGUGACGUGAGCGAGGGGUUGGUGAGGCGGGAACUGGAAUCGUUUGGAGAAGUGAGAGCGAUAGAGAUGGAGCGAAUCCAAGAGGGAAUCGUGACCGUUCAUUUCUACGAUCUGAGACAUGCAGACAAGGCCUUGAGAGAGAUUCGGGACCAGCACAUGCAACACCAAGCCAGGCUCAGAAACCACUACUGUCCUAGUACUACUACUACCGGUUCGUUUUUGGGCACCAAUUCUGGGACCCACAUGGACAAUUUCGGUGCCCGUGGACUCAUCGCGGGUCGACCCGUCUGGGCCCACUUCGUCAUUCCGUUCGCUCACGCCGUCCCCGACGGUCACAACCAGGGCACGAUUGUCAUUUUCAAUUUGGACUCUCAAGUCUCCAAAACAAGUCUUAAAGAAAUUUUCGACGCUUUUGGUCCGGUGAAGGAAUUGAGAGAAACGCCAUCGAAGAAACAUCAAAGGUUCGUGGAGUUCUAUGAUGUUAGAGAUGCGGCCAAGGCGCUUAAAGAGAUGAAUGGAAAAGAAAUAAGCGGAAAAGCUGUUGUUAUAGAAUUUAGUCGCCCCGGUGGUCAUAGUAGGAAGUUUUUCAAUACGUUCACUUCGGCUAACCCAGCAGCAAUCUCAGCCAACGUUCCAGUGAUUAACUCCACCAGCAUUAAUUACCACAUAAAAUCUCCAAAAUACCCUUCACUGCCACCACCUCCGCCUCCGCCUCCGCCUCCUCCACCGCCUCUUCCUCGUAAAUUCUCGGGGCGGUUCAGUCCCAAUGUGCGCCCUCGUCCACAGCUCUCUCAAACGCCUUUUUCUUCCAAGAAAUCGAAUUUCAGCAAGGGAAGCCCUAAAGGUAGUGCAAAUUCUGAAGGUUCACUUGAGGCUAAAAUAAUGACAAGUUUGAAUCUUGGGAAUGGAAUUGAAGAGAAGGAAAUGAAUGGGCCCACGAAGAGGAACGUUGCAAAGAAGAGCCAAAGCAGCAAUACGGCUAUAAUAGUCACUACGGCAAAGCUGGGAAGGAGUAGUAGUAGUAAUAGGCCAUGGAAAGGUAGACAAGCAAAGAAGUUUGAUACCCGUUUUCUAAUAAACGAAGAUUCCAGUAAUGGCAGAGAUUCCAGGACCACUGUCAUGAUAAAAAACAUACCCAAUAAGUACAGUCAGAAGCUGCUAUUGAAUAUGUUGGACAACCACUGUAUUCACUGCAACGAGCAGAUUGGCGACGGCGAUGACCAGCCUUUGUCCUCCUAUGAUUUCGUAUAUCUUCCCAUUGAUUUCAACAACAAGUGCAAUGUGGGAUAUGGGUUCGUGAACAUGACAUCUCCAGAAGCAACAUGGAGGCUCUACAAGGCAUUUCAUCUUCAACAUUGGGAAGUCUUCAACUCAAGGAAAAUUUGUGAAGUAACUUAUGCUAGAGUUCAGGGGUUGGAAGCAUUGAAAGAGCACUUCAAGAACUCGAAGUUCCCGUGCGAAAUGGACCACUAUUUGCCAGUGGUGUUUUCGCCACCUCGAGAGGGUAAGCAACUGACGGAGCCUUUCCCCAUCGUUGGCCACAAUAAGCAUCCCAUCUCCACUGGUCUCCAUAGCUCAAAAGCUUCUGUUGACGACGAUGAUGAUGAUGAGAUGGACGGUCAAGAUAGGCUAGAAGACGAAGAAGAAGAAGAAGAAGAAGAUGGUGGUGGUGGUAGUGAUGACUUUGACGUUGACCAACACGAUGUACUCUUGGAUUACAGUAACAGCUGCAGCAGCAGUAACAGCUACCCAAAUGGCGGCGUUAAUGGUGAUGAAGAUGAUGAUAUUGAUGUUGACGAGGAUCGAGGUAGAGAAGAAAGAAAAUAAAAUUUCAUAGAAAUCAAGAUCAUAUCUCUCUCAUAAUAUUAGCUGCAGAAAAAACUGGCUGCACCGAACCAAUAGGUAAUCGUUGAGCACCGAGCUCUCCUCUCCCCUAUAAUAUAUAGGCCACACCCAUCUCUUUUGCCUAAGCCUGUGUGUCAUUCCCAGCUAAUCAGGUUCGCUGACAUAACCAGACCUGACCACCAUCACUUCCAUUUACUCUCUCUCUUUCUUGAUGGUGUUUGGUGUUCUAUUAAUGUUUCUCUUGGUACUUUUUGCAAAAUAGGCAUGUUUUAGUGUACAUUUUCUUCUCUUUUUUUGGUACCA